AUGUAUUCCAAACACCCCGGUGCCUAUCGGGAGCAAAAACUCAAGCCGCAGCCCGUCAUAGCUGCAGCGAUAACUCUAGGAGCGUACGGUGCCUCUCACACUAGGUCAUCUUGCCUCGAAGACGACACUUGCAUGCUGUAUUUGACUAAACAUAUCUGGAAAUAUGAUUCAUCUGUCUUGAGUUUCUGCUAUGAAACUGAUGCAGAACAACCAACAUCAAAGAUGGAACCCCCCCCCCAAAGUCAGCAAGACCGCUAUCAGGAAUCUGCGCAAGAGACACUGGAUGUUGUUGAACUGAAUCAGCUCAAGUCAGGCGAACAAGAUACCACGACCUGGAAUGCGGACACCGGAUCACCACCGAACACGACGCCACGAUAUACGCUGCGAACUGUCAGCAGAAAGGUAUUGGAUCCUUUCGUGUGUGAGACAUGUUUGGUCGAUGAGAUUGAGUCACCAGUGCAGUCCACAGAUGCCAACGGCGAUAUCGAGGCGAAGAUAGAGAAAGUCUUGCAAGACAAGGUACUACAAGAGAAAGCACGCACCACUGCUGAAAAUUUCCUCACAAUAGAAGAUGGGAAGGGUUUCCAUCGUUGUAGGCCUGCGCCAAAGUUAGAUGGUGAAUUCCCGAUUCUCGAGGAGUCUCUACGCUUAGGUAAUUCCUGGCUCUUCGACGAACUUCAGCUCUUCAAGUCCCGGUUCCUCAAAAAGACUCUAAUGUGGGAAUAUUCUGGCAACAUCACACACGCCCCUAGCACUCUGGCGCCACAGACUUACGUCCGGCCAACGCACCUUCGCAACCGCCCCACCACGUCUCGAAAGCCUCAGUCAAUCCUUAAGCCACUAGCCGACAAAUGGAAGAUCAAGAAACGCACAUGCCUUCCAGGUUUGAUACCCUUGUCUAAGCAGCGUCUGGACGCAAUGUCUUUGUGGCGUUUACCUGCAGUCACACACGGUCUAGUGCCCUGGCCAUACGGUCCUCGUCCGCAGGACGGCGGUCCCCUUCAAGUGGGCCCUGACGAGAUCGAUAAAGCUGGCGCGAAGUACGAUGACAAAUUGGAGAACAUGCUGACGCGCGCGAAUCCUCAAGGCUUAAAGUCAGGCGGUUUUGAUACUUAGGUGCGGCUUCCGGAUGCAACGGCUUAUGAUGCGCGGUAUGGACCAGUUUCGUAGGGGGUGCUGGUGGGAAGCAGGUUGAGCAACGUGACGAUUGUUAGUGGCUAUCAUUACCAACGAUGAAGUGGCCAAGCUUGUCCGUGGGAUGAUGGAGGAAGUGAAGCUGGACUGAAUGGCUGCUGAAGUGUAGGGCUUUAUUGCGCUGCCGUUGAGAUUGAGCGCCAUCCAGUGCUCGAGUCUAGGUCCAUCUGCAGUAUGGUAAUCUGCUCUAGCUACGGUAUAUGCAUUACUUGGUAUCUGGCAUAUUGUAGUGUUUUCCUUGGAUAAGAAUCGAUGUUUCGGUUACGGUCAGAAUUUGCUGUCAUCCUUCUACGUUAUGGUGCAGUCAUCAAUAAAAGUUGUCCACAAGAUCCUGACCUGAUAUGAUAGUCGAAACGUGUGGCCGUGAUGAAGAGGAUGGGACCUUGGAGUGGUGUAUGCUCGCAUGAACCAUCGAGGCUAC